AUGUGGAACAAAUGUGUACGCUAUUGGCCGACAGCUGAGGAGAAGGAACGGGAAUACUUUAAUCAUGGAGGUUCUCUACGUGUGCAGCAUCUUGCUGAGCGACACUCAGAUAAUUAUACACUCCGUGAGUUGCGCCUAUCGCGCAACUUAGCUAAUGAGGUUUCGAAUUCAUUGUACUGUGCUGGGCCGCUUAGUAAUGGUGAUCAGUAUCAGCAUCAUCAUCAUCAUCAUCAUCAUCAUAAUCAUUUAUGUCACCCGCAAACGUCUGGCCUGUCUGAGCAACCCGUGACGCCUAUGUCGUCCAUUAUAACAAAGUCGCAGGCUAGAUCUACAUCUCCGGCUACUGUUUUGGGCAAGGAUGGAGCCUAUACAGUAUAUCAUUACCACUUUACUGUUUGGCCCGACCACGGCACGCCUGCUGAUCCUUCCUGUGUACUCGACUUUAUGCACGACAUUUCUGCGAGACAAGUUGGUGACUAUUGUUUAAAAUCCUCACUUUUAUGUCACCCCAUAGUUGCCUAA